AUGGACGUGGAAGUGGACGUGGACGUGGAUGUGGACGUGGACAUGGACGUGGACGUGGACAUAGACGUGGACGUGGACGUGGACGUGGACAUGGACGUGGACGUGGACGUGGACGUGGACAUGGACGUGGACGUAGACAUGGACGUGGACGUGGACGUGGAAGUGGACAUGGACGUGGACAUGGACGUGGACAUAGACGUGGACGUGGACAUGGACGUGGACAUGGACGUGGACAUGGACGUGGACGUGGACAUGGACGCGGACGUGGACGUGGACAUGGACAUGGACGUGGACCUGGACGUGGACGUGGACAUGGACGUGGACGUAGACGUAGAUGUGGACAUGGACGUGGACAUGGACGUGGACAUGGACGUGGACCUGGACGUGGACAUGGACGUGGACGUGGACAUGGACGUGGACAUGGACGUGGACGUGGACGUGGACGUGGACAUGGACGUGGACAUGGACGUGGACGUGGACCUGGACGUGGACGUGGACCUGGACGUGGACGUGGACGUGGACGUGGACGUGGACAUGGACGUGGACGUGGACGUGGACGUGGACGUGGACGUGGACGUGGACAUGGACGUGGACGUGGACAUGGACGUGGACAUGGACCUGGACAUGGACCUGGACGUAAACGUGGACGUGGACAUGGACGUGGACAUGGACGUGGACGUGGACGUGGACAUGGGCGUGGACAUGGACGUGGACAUGGACGUGGACAUGGACGUGGACAUGGACGUGGACAUGGACGUGGACGUGGACAUGGACGUGUGUUCAACGCAUCGUGUGUUGAACCCACCAUGUUUUGAACCCACCGUGUGUUCAACCCACCGUGUGUUCAAGCCACCAUGUGUUCCACCCACUGUGUGUUCAACGCACCUGUGUUCAACGCACCGUGUGUUCAACCCACCUUGUGUACAACCCACCGUGUGUUCAACCCACCGUGUGUUCAACCCACUGUGUGUUCAACCUACCGUGUGUUCAACCCACCUUGUGUUCAACCCACCGUGUGUUCCACCAACCAUGGGUUCAACCCACCGUGUGUUGAACCCACCGUGUGUUCAACCCACCGUGUGA